GUGAUUUAAAUUCUGUGUUCCGUUUUGGUCAUCUUAUAAUCAUGUGUAUAUCCUUAUGAAUAUGCCAAAUCAUACAAACACUUUAAGUGUAUCAAUAACAUUUAAAGCUUAGUUUAAGGUAUCUGGACUAACAUAAAGACCUUAAAGAACAAAUCUUAACAUUGCUGCAUCACAAUGAAAGUAGUAUGCCUACAUAUUCUCUUGUUAUUGUCAUGUUGCUCAUAUGUACAUGGAACAUCAGGAGGAGCAUUAAAUGGAGCAUGCAAUAAUAUGAUUCCACAACAUUCGGGAAACAGCGCUCAGACCAGUGCACCGCCAUUCCAAAUUACUCUAGAUAAGACAAUGUACGCAGGAGGUGAUGUAAUUACAGUAAACUUAUCGAGAACCGCGACAAACCAGUUCAAAGGAUUUUUUAUUCAAGCCAGAAACCAGGAUGGAACAAAAAUUCCAGGCUUCGCACUGAUACAGAAUUCUAAAUUCUUACAAUGUGAUAAUCCGAAUGAUGCCGUAACACACACAGAAGCUUCUCCGAAAGACAGUGUUACUUUUCAGUUUACUGCGCCUGCCACAUCUAGAGGAAAUAUAACAAUUGUAGCGACAGCUGUUGAGUCUUUCAACACUUUCUGGGUGAGGAUUCCAUCGGAAACAAUUGUUGACAUGGCACCGACCGGAGCUUCCUCUACGAUCCUACCAAAUGUUGUUGUAGUUACUAUUUCUGUACUCGGCAUAUAUCUUUUUCAGCUAUAAAAAUUUCAUGCACUUUUUUUAGGAAGUAAUCGCCGUAAAAACUUAACACUUUUCUGUAAUUUUAUCAUUAAUAUUGAUCAAUUUUAAUUUGUUUUAAUGUCAGUAUAGUUUCAAUGAUUUGAAACUGACUUACAAAACAAGGAAAAAUAUAAGGUAGACGUCACAUUACAAGCUCAUACAUGUACAGCGCUUAUCAACUUUAAACACAUUCAGCAUUUAAUUCAUCAUCGACCCCUCUAUAUUAUUGCUAUACGUCAUAAAUGUAAUACUUUCUACAAUAAAUACCGGAAUCGAUCUCAA